AUGGUUUAUAAAAAUUUUACUGACGUUAUUGAAAAUAAAAAACUGUAUGUUGAAGAUGAUUAUUAUGAUGAAAAAAAUAUAAAAAAUAAGAUGACAUAUGAUACAAAAAAUAAAAGUGAAAGUAAAAAAAUAAGAAAUAAUGAAUUAUUCAACAAUUAUAGUUAUGAAGUUAAAAAAAAAUUAAAAGACAACUCACUGAAUCAUUAUUAUAGUGAUCAAAAUUUAUCUGUGUUAAACAAUAAUGAUGAUACUCAAGAAAAACACUUGAAAUCUCUAAAAGAUUCUAGAAAUUUGUUCAAGAAAUUAUCUCAAAAAGAAAUAGAGAAAUUGAGAUAUAAAUACAAAAAUAAUGAUUAUUAUGGAAUGCCUUAUAGUAAUAUUUAUGAAAAGCGCCAUACUUGUGAGGAUAUAAAGAAUAAAUACAAUUCAUUAAAUUACAAUAAAUUGUUAAUUAACGAUAAUGAUAAUGAGAGUUUAUAUUCCUAUGAUGAUACUUUUGAUAAGAACAUAAUAGAUAGCUACAAUGAUUCACUUUUAAGUAAUAGAGAUUUUAAUAAUUUGAAUAAAAAUAACUUUAAAAUAUUUAAUUAUGAAAGAAAAAAAAAUGGAAAUAGAGCAAAUGAAAAUUUAGAAUACUGCAAAAAAAUUAUUAAUAACAAUGACAAUUAUCAUAAUGAACAGUUUUCUCCACUCAGUGAUAAUUAUGAUAAAUACAAAUUACAUAAUUUAAAAUCAAUCAAUGAUAAAUAUGAUAAUUUAAAAAGCAAUCAUAAUUAUGGAAAAUUUUUAUCUGAAAAUUAUAUAUCAAAUAAUUAUAGAAAAUCUUUAGGGAGUAUCAAUCAGUUAGAAGAAGAUGAAGAGAAAAAGAAAUAUUCACAAGAUAAAAAAAAUUUGUUUGAAACAUUUCUUAAUGUAACAGAAAAGUUGGAGAAAAUUAAAAAUACAAAAAUUAAUAAACAUAAGAGGAAUCAAGGCUUAGAAAAAGAGAGAAAUGGAUUUUAUAGUAAUUCAAUGGAUAAUAUAAUAAAAGAAAGAUUAUUACAUGAAAAAUCUUUAAAUAAUAAUUUUUAUAAUAGAAAAAAAUAUAACACAAGUUUUUAUGAUAAUGAAACGGGAAAGGAAUAUGGAGAUCUAAGUGAUUUAAAAAAUUAUAUAAAAAAAUUUUCUCCACUAAAAAAUACAAUUCUAGUAAAUGGAGAAGAUAAGGAAAAAUUAAGCAAGGGAGAUAAAUUUUAUGAUGAUAUUUUAAAAUACAAUUCAGUAGAUUCUUUUUGUUAUCCCAGAGGUAAAGAUGUUUUAAAAAAAGUUAGUAGAGAGAAUUUUGAUAACGAUUUAAUUAAAGAGAAAUAUGCGAGUAAUAAAUUAAGUAAUCCUAAAAAAAAAAGCACUAAUUUAGAUAGCUUGAGCUUAACUUCAAACAAUUUAAAAAGUACACAAUUACAUAUGAGUGCCAUAUCACAUGGAACAAAUGAUUAUUCUACUUUAUAUGACUAUGUAAAUUACACAAAAAAUCAAACGAAAGAUUAUUAUUAUGAUGAAAAUAUGCAUAAUUUAUCAAAAUCCAGUUAUAUAGCAAAAUAUAAUAAUAACAGAGAUAUAGAAAAAAACCAUUUUCUUAAUGAUAUUAAUCCAGAAAAUUAUAAAAAUGAUAUGAAAGAGAAUUACUGUUCUCAAUUGGAUAAAUUAGGAAACUCCUUUCUUGAGAUUAAUAAUGAAUUAAAGUCUAAUAUAUAUACACCUAAAAAUUUCAACAUAGGCAUAAAUAAUAAUUAUAUUUCAUUCGAUGAUCAAUUAAUAGAUAAAAAUAAUAAUAAAGUAGAUGAUAAUUGCUAUGAUUUAAAUAAUAGAAAGAAUAUUAAAAAUAUCAGUGAUUCUAAACGCUCUCUAAUUCAUAGUGAUAAUUGCAAAAAAAAAAAUUCUAUUAACAAUAUCCUAAAUUAUGAAGAAAGUGAAAAUAAGAAUGAAAAUAAUAUAUACGAGAAUGAAUACGAAAACGAAAACAUCAUUGAGAGCAUAGGUAAAAAAUACAUUUUCAAAGAUGAUGAAAAAUUAAAUAACAUUUUUGAUUUAAAAAAGAAAGAUAAAAUAAAUAAAGGUAUUAGCAUUAAUGAAGAGAAUGAAGAAAAAUACAAUUUAAAGAAAGUUUAUGAAAAUGAAAUGAAUACAAAUAAUAAUAAAUGUGAUGUUCUAUAUCAUAACACUAAUAAUAACGAUACAAGUUUUUGUAAUUAUUUAAAAAAUCGAUCUUAUACAAGACCUAUGAAUAUUGAUGAUUUAAAUUUAGAUGAAAAUAAUAAUAACAUAGAAAUGAAAUAUAAUUUAGGCAAAAAUAACUUACUAAAUUGUAAUACUAUUUUUCUAUUUAUCUUGAUUUAUUUUUUAAAGUUGCUAUAUUUACUAUUUAGCUAUCUUAUACACUUUUUUUUAUUUUUUUCAAUUUAUUGUUAUCACUUUUUGAGAAAAAAAUCUUUGAAAACAGUAGUCAUUUCAAUUUUAAUAGCAAUUCUUCUUAUAAUGUUUGUCAUAUCAAUUGUCAUAUUUUCUUAUAGAAGUAUGAGUUUAGAAUAUUUUGACAAAGAUAUUUAG